AGCGCAGACCUUUUCGGCCAUUUUGGUUUGGUACAGUAGUAUUUGGGGAAGGUUGUAGGUAGAACUGAUAAAUAAUGGCAGCACGACGGAUAACACAGUCAUCCAUAAACUGGACGGCAUUAGCAGAAAGAGUUCCUGAAAACCAGAAGGGUUUUUUUACAGCGUUCAAAGCCAAGUCUGAUGGAUAUCUACGAAGGAUGAUGGCAAACCCAGAAACAUCACCAAAAAUUGAUUGGGAUUAUUACAAGGCCCGUGUACCUGUACAAGGCAUGGUAGAUGAUUUUCGAAAGAAGUACGAAUCUCUGAAUAUUCCAUACCCAACUGAUAAUGUAACACCACAGAUUGAACAACAGGAAAAACAGUCGCUGAAGGAGGUGCAAGAAUUUGUGAAGCAGUCCAAUGUCCGUAUUGCUGGUUAUGAAGCUGAAGUUGGCCGCCUGAAGGGCCUACUCCCGUUUGAACAAAUGACUUUAGAAGACUUUAAGGAUGCAUACCCAGACCAGGCCUUAGACCCCCUGAACAAACCCACAUACUGGCCUCACACACCUGAGGAGCAGUUGGAUUAUGAUGAUUCAAAGGUACCCAAAGAGGAUGCACACCAUUAAAGACAAUAUGUGACUACAGUCAUUUUAGUUUGUUUCAUAUUAUGUAUAUUAGCCAUGUUGACUAUAAAUAAAUGUACAAUAGGAAUAUUGUCCAGAU